UGAUACAUAAAAUAAAAAUAAAAAGUGAAUAUGUAAAGAAAAGCGUAUGCACACGCGUACCAUAUGUGCGUGUGGCGCGUGUGCAAUAGCUGAUCCGGAUGAGAAUCGCUCGCCUGCUCACCUGCUCGCGUGCAUCAAGCAACACGUUGCGUGUCACAUGGCGCAUGGCGCGGCGUGUCGCACGCGUACGAAAGCACGACGCGCAAAGCGGGAGAAGCGACCAUAAAGAAGCGUAAGCGCUGCCGAAGGUGUACACUCUUCGUUACUUUCUAAAUUCCCCCUCGCAGGCGGUAUAUAUCCCCCGAUGACUUUGCGUUUUGCAAUGUACGCACUGCGACGGGAAUCACAUCCGAACGGAUUUUUCGCGCGCCGCGUAAGCCUGGAUGUUAUAUCACAAACCACGGGAUCACCGCGGGAGAUGGCGGUCAGUGUCGUGCGAUAUCUCGCUCUCCUUGCGUUCUGCGCCUUGCUACAGUACCAGUAUGCAACGGCUCAAAACAAAACUUUCAGAGACCUUUUUAACAGCGCAUCUUGCGCCAGGCCGCCUUACACUUGUCCGCAUCCGCAGAUAGAGUUCUAUCUGUAUACUAGAGAAACGCAAAAAAAUCCCGUACUGUUAGAUGUCCAUGAUUCCAAGUCUCUUUGGAAUUCCAAGUUUAAUAAAACACAUCCGACAAAGAUAAUCAUUCACGGCUUUGGCGGUGGACGAAACUUGGCACCUAGUACAGAUUUACGAGAUGCGUAUUUCGCGCGAGGAGAUUACAAUAUUAUAAUCGUGGAUUACGGUUCGUUGGUACGCGAGCCUUGUCUCUCGCAGAUCUCGUGGGGCCCAGACUUUUGCUCCAAAUGCAUCGCUCAACUGAUCAACUAUUUGAAAGAACACCCACGAGGCACGAGGGUAGAGAACAUACACGUGCUCGGAUACAGCGUGGGUGCGCAUAUCGGUGGACUCAUCGCAAAUUACUUGCCCAAUGACAAACUCGGAAGAAUUACGGGCCUCGAUCCGACGAUAUUUUUCUACAUGAACGGCAACCGCUCGAUGGAUUUAGACGAGACGGAUGCCCAUUUUGUAGACGUUAUUCAUACAGGCGCCGGCAUUUUGGGGCAAUGGGGGCCAAACGGCCACGCGGAUUUCUACGUAAACGGUGGCUCGAGUCAGCCCGGGUGCGCCACUUCUUCUAUACUCCAAACUCUUUCGUGCGAUCACACAAAGGUGACACCCUACUACAUAGAAUCAAUUACGACGAAGAAGGGAUUUUGGGCCGCUCCUUGCGCAAAUCUAUUCUCUUACCUGAUCGGAUGGUGCAACCCCAAGAGGGACGAGUACAUUCUGAUGGGAGAAGAUACGCCUCAUACAGCACGCGGCAUCUUUUAUCUGUCAACAAACGCGCACAAACCGUACGCCCGAGGACUGCCCGCAAAAAGCCAGCGUCGGACAAAUCGGAAGCAAUCGUCCUCCCGCCAGUAUUGAGCCUAUUGAAACAGCUGAUCAACAUAAUUAUAGAAUAGUAUGUAUGUACAUGAAUCAAUCGUUUUAAUCGUUUAAGGCAAGCUAUACAGCGUUACGACGCUGAAAGACUUUACUUGUUUUUAUAUCGUUACCGUUUACGACUUUGUAUAUUUUAUUGUAUACCGUUAGAUCUCGUUUAUUUUCAUUCUCUUUCUACUUCUGCUUCUUUUUCGAUAAAAUGUUAAUUGCUAAGUUGCGCGACGAUCGUUGCGAAGAGCAGACAUUACACGCCUCGUUAUAUCGUUCAUUGACAUCCGAUAGAGACGGCCGAUUAACGAUCGUACAGCUAAAGUCUCGCGUGCUCAAUACGUAACACUUUCACUCGCUCUUACCGCAACUUUUUAUAUAUAUUAUUUAUUUAAAGCCACAUGUUUACAAAACAAGACAGAACGUUCUCUCGAUGUGUACUCAAAUAGAUCAUCUUAUCACUUCUAAUCACUUGAUCAUUCUGAUUCAAUCCAAUGCAAUCGUGUCAUUGAACAUCGUAAAACGAGGUUGAAUUGCAUCAAAUAAGAUAGCUUUGCGCAACAAAUUUAUUUCGAAAGAGACACGAAUUUUUUCCAGGAUCUUAUUACAUAAUGUUAUUUCAUAAUAGCAAAGUAAUAUUUUUCGCAAAAUAUACACGAUUAAUUUACUUAAAUGUCACACAGUUUCAAAAUUCUUUUUCUAUUCCUUCGGUAUAAAGUUACUCUGGUAGUGCAAACUAAUCGUUUUACGAUAAUUGUAUAAUAUAUCAUUAUUAGUAUGUAAUUAAUGUUCUAAUGUAAUCUAAUGUGUAAUUAACUUGAAUCUGUUGUUCACGUGCAGGAAAUAAAUUUUUCUCUUGUGAAAAGAUCUUUACAAUACAUACAUUGCUAAUCAUUUA